UAAGAAAUUAAGAGAUAGAAAUGAGGGAUUGAGAGUUGAAAGACAAGAAAAGAAAGUGUUUGAGAUAGAGAAUAAAGUAUUAAAAGCAUCUAAAGAGGAAUUAGAGCUGAAAAUCCCUGAAUUGAAAACUGCCGUUUCCCAUGUUUUUAGAACUAAGGAAGCAGUUCAUUAUAGAAUUAUUGAGGCCAAAAGAGUGAAUGAUUAA